AAACACCACAACACUUAUUAACUAAGAACAAUGGAGGAGAUGAUGACCAAUAGUACAAUGGUGAUGAUGAAGAACACCAACACCACAUUCUCCCAAGACCAAAAUCCAAAACCCCCCAUAAAUAUGAAUAUGAAUAUGAAUAUGAAUAUGAAUAUGAAUAUGAUCAGCACCACCCCCAUUUCCCCAACCUGGAAACUCUACGAGAAUCCCUUUUAUACCUUCCAUCAACAAGAUCACAUCCACAACCAAAUCCACAAACUCCACCUCCCCAUCUCAUCCCGCAAGCUCGCAGCCUCUUUUUUUGACCUAGCCUUCAUCAAGCCGGACGACUCCGAGCUCGAGACAGCUCGCAAGAAGAUGGAGUCCCUCAACCGGCGGCUGGAGAGGGAGGUGGCCGAGGAGAGGCGCGGGCGGGAGGCACUGGAGCGCGCCUGCCACGACCUCGCGGAUCAGGUCUCGGCCCACAAGGCCGAGAUCGCGAGAUUGAAAAGAGAGAUGGAGGAGGAGAGGAGGAUGCUGCGCACGGCCGAGGUCAUCCGCGAGGAGCGCGUGCAGAUGAAGCUCUCGGAGGCGAAGAACUUCCUCGAGGAGAAGCUCUCCGGCCUCCAAAGCAAUGGAUCUUCUUUAUCUAGAAAUGAUCAUCACAAGGCUAUGACGGAGAAUCCGCAUAUAAAGAGAGGGAUUAAAGGGUUUGUGGAGUUUCCGAAGGUGGUGAGAGCGAUCGGUUGCAGAAGCAGCAAGCAUUUGGGGAGCAAAUUGGAGUGUCAGAAGGCGCAGCUGAAGAUACUACUCAAGCAGAAGGGGCCUGUUAGAUUCAGUGCUGGCCUUAUUACAAGAUGAGAUCUCCUCUUCUUUUUUUAAUCAUGUAAUUAUACUUUUAGUUUUGUUUAUGUUUAUUGAUUUGUUGUUGAUUUUGUUUUUGCCAUGCAUUUAUGGUUUGUGAAUGUAGAGAAAUAAUAUUUCCUUAGGAGGAUUAUAUACCGUGAUUGAUUAGUUGAAAUCAAUUUGAUGUAGAAAGGUUUUGAGUUUAUAUGAUUGCUAGCUGCUGUUGUUGGAAAUACAAGUUGCUUUUGGCAUUGAUCGUAGCUACUUUGUUAGAAAUUUGAUACUUUGGCAAGUUGGUAAUGUCAAAUUAAUAUU